AUGUCUAACAGUCACUAUACGGGUCUAGGAAAUGAAAAUAGAGAAGUGACUACCACAGUUGCACAAGACGACAAGUUCGGACCUAUUGCGGUCAUCGGAUUCGCACACAAACUUCCUCAAGAUGUGACAUCUGCCGAUAGUCUGUGGAAGCUUCUUGUAGAACGCCGGACCACGGUGACUGAGGUUCCAAUGAACCGGUGGAACAUAGAUGGCUUUUACAGAUCGCAUGGUAGCCGACCAAGUACUGUAAAGAAUCGAGGAGGCCAUUUUCUCACAGAUGAUCCGGGGCGAUUUGACGCACCUUUCUUUUCGAUAACACCAGCUGAAGCUGAGUGUAUGGACCCUCAACAGAGAUUCCUACUCGAGACGAGCUACCAUGCACUGGAGAACGCGGGAAUUCCAAUGGAGGCUGCAAUGGGUUCGAAGACAUCUGUGCAUGUUGGUUGUCUACUCCAGGAGUACAGUCAGAUUUCACAGCGCGAUGCCAUGCCAGGUACUUAUCAGAUCAUUGGUUCCAGUGGUUUGGCUAUGUUGGCAAAUCGAGUGAGCUGGUUCUACGAUCUCAAAGGACCAAGUAUGACGAUCGACACGGCUUGCUCUGGCAGUCUUGUCGCUUUGCAUCUGGCAUGUCAAGAGCUGAAUGCAGGCUCGGUUAAUAUGGCGUUGGCAUGCGGAAGCAACCUUUGCUUGCUUCCAGAUUCAUGCUCGUUGCUGAGUCAACUGAAUAUGAUGUCUCCAGAUGGUGUGUGUCAUAGCUUCGACGAGCGCGCCAAUGGCUAUGCAAAGAGCGAGGGAUUUGGCGUUCUGGUACUAAAGCGAUUUUCUCAGGCGGUACAGGAUGGAGAUACCAUCCGCGCCGUCAUUCGAGCAACUGGAUGCAAUUCAGACGGCCGGACACCAAGCAUCACAUCACCAAGUCAGAAGGCGCAAGAGAAGCUCAUCCGGGAAACCUACCAUCGUGGAGGGCUCUCUCUUGAUGAGACGCGAUUCUUCGAAGCUCACGGUACAGGAACGCCUGUCGGCGACCCUUGCGAAGCUACUACUAUCAGUAAUGUGUUCGCGGUGAGGACCAAAGCAGACCCCAUGUAUGUCGGCGCACUCAAGUCCAAUCUCGGUCACUCAGAGGGUGCAAGCGGCGUUGCGGGUGUGAUCAAGGCCAUACUCGCUCUGGAAAAAGGCAUUAUACCACCAAAUGUGUACCCAGAAAGGGUGAAUCCGAUCAUCUCAUCUACGUGUCGGAAUCUGCAUUUUCCUUUAACCUCAAUUGAUUGGCCGACCAUGGGAGUUAGACGUGCGUCGGUGAACGCUUUCGGCUACGGUGGCACAAAUGCACACGUUGUUAUUGACGACGCUCUUUCAUUCUUCGAAGCGAAAGGAUUGAAGGGCCGCCAUAAUACGACAAGGCUCAAGUCAACACUCGGCCAAGACCUGUUACUAAACGGGAGAACCAACCGGAUGUCGAGACAUGACUCCAUGACUGAAGAUCGAAUUUGCAAUACACAAUUGGCUAAGUUUGCAAAAUCCACCUACAAACUCCUCGUACUUUCUGCGUUUGACGAGAGCGCAGUGCACCGAUCGAUCAAAACCCAUUCGGAGUGGUUACGUAGCCAACAAUCACAUAGUGAUUCAAGAGUGGACGUGUCAGAUCUUGCACAUACCUUGUCGCAUAAUAGAACAUCGUUUCCAUGGAGGUCUUUCUGCGUUACCGGAUCGGAGACUUUCUUUGACAACGUAUGGUCGACGCCGAUUAGAUCCAAGCAGAGGAUCGAUUUAUGUUUUGUGUUCACCGGACAGGGUGCUCAAUGGUACGGGAUGGGCCGUGAGCUGAUGAAGUACAGCAUCUUCUAUGAAUCUAUGAUAGAAGCCGAUCGCGUCUUCAGCUCUCUUGGAAGUGAAUGGUCCAUGAUGGAGCAACUGUAUCACAUUUCAAGGGACGAUACUUUCAUAGAUUCUCCAGACCUGAGCCAACCCAUUUGCACAGCUUUGCAAAUCGCAAUGGUCGAGCUUCUAAGAUCAUGGAACGUCAGGCCUUCGACUGUCCUCGGACAUUCUUCCGGUGAAAUUGCGGCUGCAUACGCCAACGGUGCUAUUUCGAAAGAGUCUGCUUGGAUGAUCGCCUACAUGAGAGGAUUGGCUGUAGUCAUCAUUCGUGAUAUCCUACAAUCAACAGGAGCCAUGGUAGCCGUGCCAGCUACCCUCGAAGCCAUAUCUCCCUUACUUAAACUCCACAAUAGGACGUAUCCUGCGGAUCGCGUCAGUAUUGCAUGCUACAACAGUCCAUCAAACCUCACUAUUUCGGGGUCGCACGCUGCCGUGGAUCAACUAAUAUCUAGGCUUGUGGAGCGAAACAUCACAUACAAGGUCCUGAGAGUAGACGUAGCUUAUCAUUCUCAUCACAUGAGGCCGGUUGCGAUUGUGUAUGACAAACUACUGAGAAGUAUUACUCCAGGCCAGCAGCACGGUGUUGGCUCGACGUUCAUUUCCACAGUCACGGGCAAAGCCCUCGAAGAUGCUUCUAUCUUAAGAAAGCCGUCUUAUUGGAUCGAGAACCUCACAGCCCCUGUUAAGUUUUCACCCGCGAUGAUGAAGGCUUCCAGUGACUUCAUACUUGAGAUUGGACCACAUUUCACUCUUAAAUCACCGAUUAGAGAUAUUUUAAAUGUGAAUGGCAGGGACAUACGGACAGACUAUUGCUCAGUAUUACAACGGGGUUGUUCUGCAGACUUUACGGCAAUGGAGUGUGUGGGAAGACUGCAUGCCUUGGGCCUCCCAGUUGACAUCAGUCAAGUUAACCUAGGUGUGGUUUCCGACGCUAAAAUGCUUACAAACCUUCCAUCCUACCCGUUCAGUGAUAAGACGAAGUAUUGGCUUGAAGGAAGAACCAGUAAGCAAUAUCGCUUUAGAGAGUAUCUCAAUCACGAGCUUCUGGGAACAAGAUCCGACGAUUGGAACCCUCACGAGGCACGCUGGACCAACCGUAUCAUUCUCGAUCAGUCUUCUUAUCUCUUAGAUCAUCAGAUCAAUGGAUCGGUCUUACUCCCUGCUGCAGGAAUGUUGGUCAUGGCUAUUGAAGCCAUGCGACAACUCCAUACUUCUCGAACAUCGUUACGGGGAUACAAGAUGAAAGACGUAACGUUCUCGAAUACUAUUACGAUCACCCCAGAGUCAAAUGGGACGGAAGUCCAGCUCACACUUCGACCUUCGCAAGUAUCGAAGACUCCCUGGACGAGUGCUCAGCAUGAAACGUCUUGGAAUAUUUUCUCUAUCUUCAUGUAUGAGAGCGCUGGUUGGACCCUAUGUUGCUCGGGGGCCAUAGCUGUCGAGUACACAAAUGAGCACGGUGUUUUGGAGGAAGAAUAUGAUAGGAUGAAGUCACAUAAGACAGCUUUAAGGCGCUGCCAGGUAGGUGUUAACAGUUCCGACAUUUACAGCGCCUUUGAAAAAGCAGGACUAGUCUACGGACCUCGCUUCCAAGCCAUGGAAGAGGUAAGAGAACUACGAGGAACUGAGGCCAUUGGCAACGUGAAUAUACACCACUGGAAGCUGCACGAUCCAGAUAGUCCCAUGGACCCGCAUCUAAUCCAUCCUGCGGCACUGGAUGCAAUACUGCAAAUGUCCUUUCCGGCAUACUCCAUUUACGCAAAGAAUGCAUCGGCCACAACACUACCGACGGGAUUUCGCAGUCUCUGGAUAUCCGAAAACUUGGCUAAUGUUUGCCCAAAUUCGAAAGUGUCCGUUCAUGCGAGGGUAACAGGUCGAGGCUUCCGAAAUAAGAUGUUCGGCAUUACAGCAGCGUUGGUUGACGAAGAGGAACUGUCUUUCAGUGGAGACAUGGAGACAACCACUAUCGGCCGAGGUGCUUCCACUACUGAUGCAGAUGGGUCCGGGGCCAAGAUUUUGUACAAAAUUGAGGCAAAGCCUGAUGUCGACCUCUUACCUCGAAAUAUCAUUGACUUGAAGCCUUCUCUGAGACCUACCCCAGAAAAGGAGUUAGAAAUGGCUCUCAAGAAAGAAGCUCUAUGUCGCCUAAUCAUGCGUGACGCUUUAAGCAAACUUCCAGAUGACCUUGGUCGUUUACCUGAGUAUCUACUCGAGUACAUCGAUUGGAUGAGAUCGCAGGCAGUCGAUCAUGUCAUCCUACCACAUGAAUCCAUAUAUAGUCUCUGCGAACAACUCGAGACUUCAGACACCGAAGGUCGCCUACUCUCUUGGAUUUCUAAAAACCUGAAUUCGAUUUUAGCCUGCGAGACCAACGCUCUUGAUCUCUUACUCGAAGACGACGCCCUAUCUCAGUUUCAUCCUGAAAACUGUGCUGAAAAGCAUGUCCUCUCGUAUGCUACCAAUCACCUCGAUCUCCUCGCACACAAGUACCCAAACAUGCACGUAUUGGAAAUUAGCGCUGGUACAGGUUCUACAACAUCGCAUGUCUUGACUGCUCUCAAGGAUCGAUUCGCUGAAUAUGUGUAUACGGAUACAACGUCUGUUCUUUUCGAGAAGGCCAAUGAGCGGUUUAAUCUUCGUUCCAAGAUGGCAUUCAAAGUAUUGGAUCCUUGUGAAGAUUUUGCUGGCCAGGGUUUCGAAGACGGGUCUUUCGAUUUGGUGAUUACUCCAUGUGAUCUGUUCACAACUGCCACUUUUCGGGAUCGGCUUGCUCGAUAUCGCAGGCUGCUCCGUCCUCAAGGCCGAAUAGUUCUCUUGAACCAACCUCGAAAAUCUCUACCGGAGAGAUUUAUCUUAGGCCUGACAGGAGUUUAUACUGAGAUUGGCCAAGUUGGAUGCUCAUCCAUCGGAAACAACUACCUUGACCAGAUACUCGUAGAGUCCAGUUUCUCGGGUAUUGAUUUCAGCGUCCAGACUCAUGCGCAUGAAGACGAGGAUGCAUUGCCUCAAGUAGUGAUCUCCACAGCUGUGAGCUUUCCAUCAGACUCGCACCCUACAAUUCAUGUCAUUUAUGAAGAUUCUUCCCGAGCCCAGAUGGAUAUCUUGGAGGAGAUAUGCAACAGAUCAUCAUCGCAAGACGACGAAACGAUCAUCAUUGCGGUGCCAUGGAGCAAUGUCAACAAAUAUAAUCUCAAAGAUAGAACAUGUAUCUUCCUCCCAAGCCUCGACGCUCGCAUUCAACCGCUCGAACAUAUGGAAGACGACACUCUUGAAAGCUUAAAGCAACUCAUCUCAAUGACCUCUACACUCAUUUGGAUCAGCACAAACACGCGCAAGCCAGCACGUAGUCCAACUGAAAGUCUCGUCCCAGGCCUCGUCCGCACUCUUGCCACCGAAACCGAAGACAACAGACUUGUAAGUCUGAGUCUCGACAUCGACAUUGAUAUUAGUGACCAUGCAGCAAUGGCAGCAUCAGCGAGUCAUACCAUCAUGAAAGUCGCCAGAACCUUUUUACACCCGCGCGCAGUAUACGAGGACGAGUAUGUGGAAGUCGAUGGGGUUCUGCAUAUACCACGGGUCGUUGACGACAGGGACAUGGCAACGCAUGUAGCUUUUAUACAGCAGCGUGAUACGCGCAGUGCCACUAAACCGUGGAAAGAGCUGAAGCGCCCACAUUUGAGUAUAAGAACCGCGGGGUACUUGGAUACAUUGUAUUUUGAAGAAAGUACGAAGGAUGGAAAUGACGACGGCAAUGGUAACGAAAAAGGAGAAACGGCUCUUGCGUCAGACGAAGUUCUGAUACAGGUUAAAGCGGUGGGGUUGGGUGUUCGCGAUUUACUUGUCGCACUGGGCCAGGUUCACGACGAUGUGUUUGGAACUGACAUUGCCGGAGUCGUGGAGCAAGUCUCAGAGCCGAAUGACCAUGGUUUACGAAUUGGCGAUUGUGUGUUUGGCGUGGCCAGAGACGGUGUUGCGCAGGUUGUUCGUACCAAGGCGUUCCAGCUGCGACGUAUGCCACUCGAUAUGGACUGGGUUGAGGCUGCGACAUACCCUGCAACGUAUUGCACUGCGUAUCAUGGGUUGGUAAAUUGUGCUAGGAUCAGGAAAGACGAUGUUGUUUUAGUCCAUCGUGGGGUUGGACGUCUUGGGCAAGCGGCGGUACAGAUUGCGCAGCUCUAUGGUUGCAGUGUGAUUGUCACUGUUGAAUCAUCUGAAGAGAUGGCUUACAUGCAUGGCGCAUAUCGAAUUCCCAGUUCACAUCUACUGUUAACACGCUCAGCAGGCUCGGCGCAGAGCAUACGCAAACUGGCGAACGAGCGUGGAGUCGACGUAAUCUUCAAUCCCAAUACUGCAGCAGAGUCUACAAACGACUUAUGGGACACCAUUGCCCCAUUUGGACGCUUUGUCGAGGUCAUACGAAGCGAUGCAUUUACAUCUACAGUCAAUGCUUCAAAUCCACAGCAUAAGCAAACAGCAAAGAACAAUUGCAUAUCUAUUAGUGUCGACUUUCAAGAGCUCAUGCGACAUAGCGUCUUCGCUGGCAUCUUGCGCGAUGUAGGGGACAUCAUCGAUAGUGGUAGAUUGUCACAUCCAUCAGCAGUACAAGUCUUCCAUCAAGGUGGAGUAGAAGCUGCGUUUCGAGCACUACAAGAUCCAGAAAACCGUUCCAGAGUCGUCAUUGAAAUGGCAAGCGAGGAAAUAAUCCAGAUGGAGCUUGCUCCUUCUACGAAGUCGCUCUUUGAUCCCCGGUCAACGUACUUGAUCGUCGGCGCCUUUGGUGGGAUUGGAGAGAACGUGACAAGAUGGAUGGUACAGAAUGGCGCGAAGAACCUCAUCUUACCCUCGCGAUCAGUCGUGGAGGGAACAUCUUCGCAUCGGGAGUUGUUUGUGCACAAUCUCAGAGCUGAAGGCGCAAUUGUACAAGUGCCGGUCUGCGAUAUAGCAAACCGAGCUCAACUUGAAAGAACGUUGGAAGAGUUGAAAGACAUGCCUCCGGUUAAGGGGUGUGUGCAAGCAGCAAUGGUGCUUCAAGACUCGUCCUUUGCGAAUAUGACUGCGGACAAGUGGAAUGAGGUAUUAGCACCCAAGGUAGCCGGGAGUUGGAACUUACACAAUCUUCUACCCGAUGAUCUCGAUUUCUUCGUUAUGAUGUCUUCAUCGACGGGCAUCAUGGGGUCAUUUGGACAGUCCAACUACACGGCAGGCAAUACGUACCAAGACGAGCUCGCGGCACACCGUGUCAAACAUGGACAGCGCGCUGUGGCUCUCGCAUUCAGUAUGGUUGUUGGCGCUGGCUAUGUUGAGCAGAAUGCGGCAGUGCAAGCCCUGUUACGUGUGCGUGGUAUGCUGGAAGAAGUCACCCUGGAUGAUAUAUACAACCUGAUGACACUAUGUUGCGACCCCGAACGCAUGGACGCAGCGCACAUUGGACCACAGAUCAUCACCUCCUUGACCUUGCCAGCGGACCUCCGUGCGAUGAAUAUUGUAGCGCCUCUUGGAUCCACACGACCUUUGUACUCAUACCUUGACACUCUGCCAUCGCGCUUCGACGAGGCUGCACAAAAAGAUCUCAAAGAGUCGAAGAAACUUCCUUCAGCCCUUCUCCCCGAUGCGACAACAUUGGAUGAAGCGGUGGCUAUCAUUACUGAAGCGAUUCAGGACCAGCUGUCUAGUCUGCUUGUUGUAAGCAAAGAUGAUAUCGAUAUCAAGAACGCAGUCCACAAGUAUGGCGUUGAUUCCUUGGUGGCAGUAGAGAUGAAGAAUUGGCUUGCAAAGGCUGUGGGCUCGGACAUAAGUACGACAGAGAUAUUGGGAGAUGUCAGUAUCGAUGUGUUAGCUGGCAGAGUGGCUACUAUGAGUCGAUUUGUGAGUGAUGAAUUAAAGGGAUAA